AUGGAACCGAAGUACGUGGAGCCACCGCCGUUUAAUCUGAACGCUUCGUACGACGAGUCGAACUGCUGUGUUCCGCUGAUUUUUGUGCUGACGCCCGGUACAGAUCCGACGGCUACGCUGCUUAAAUUCGCUGACUCCCAGGGGCUCGGUGCGAGUCGGCUUUUUUCGCUGUCCCUCGGCCAGGGCCAGGGACCGAUCGCGACCAAAAUGAUCGACGAGGGCACCAAGUUCGGCAACUGGGUGCUGCUGCAGAACUGCCACUUGGCGCAGAGUUGGAUGCCGACGCUGGAGAAGAUCUGCGAGAGCUUCCAGCCCGACACCACGCACCCGGACUUCCGGCUUUGGCUCACUUCCUAUCCAACCGAACAUUUCCCGGUGGUGGUGCUGCAGAACGGUAUCAAGAUCACGAACGAGCCACCGAAGGGUUUGCGCAUGAACGUGACUCGUUCGUUUACCAGUGAUCCGAUCUCGAACGUCGAGUGGUUCGAGGCGUGCAAACAACCGACCAGCUUUAAGAAGCUGCUCUAUAGCCUUUGCUUCUUUCACGGGAUCGUACAGGAACGUCGCCAGUUCGGCCCGAUCGGUUGGAACAUACCGUACGAGUUCAAUGAAACGGAUCUCAGCAUUAGCAUGACCCAGCUGCGUAUGUUUCUGGAUGAGUAUGAGGAGGUGCAGUAUGUGGCGCUCCGGUAUCUCACCGGCGAGUGCAACUAUGGGGGGCGCGUGACGGACGAUUGGGAUCGGCGCUGUCUCAAUACUAUUCUGGCCAAAUUCUAUCAGCCGGCCGUACUGGAGGAUGAGAGUUUCCACUUUGACGAAGCCGGCUUGUACCGGGUGCCGGAGCUGAAGGAGCACGAAGAGUUUGUGGUGUUCAUUCGGGAGCUGCCCGUGAUUGCACGCCCAGGGGUGUUUGGUCUGCAUGAGAAUGCCGACAUCACGAAGGAUCAGAAGGAAACGGAUCUGUUGCUGUCGAGCGCUCUAAAGACACAGGAUCGUACGGAUUUGCUGCAAAUGAAGAUAUUGGAGGAUCUGAAGAAUACAUCAACAGGAGUAUUUAAGGAGACUCCCGCCGAGCUGGUGAUCCGCGUAUCCAGUGACAUCCUGAACCGUCUGCCGGCUGAGUUUGAUCGUGAAGCCGCGUUGGAAAAGUAUCCAACCGACUAUCAUCAGAGCAUGAACACGGUGCUGGUGCAGGAGAUGGUUCGGUUCAAUGCUUUGCUCAGCUGCAUCCGUGGCAGCCUCGCAACGGCCCGCAAAGCCAUGCAAGGACUCGUGGCCAUGUCACCGACGGUGGAGGAGGUGGUCGGUGCCAUUCUGGUGGGGAAAAUACCAUCAGUUUGGGCAAAGCGUUCCUAUCCCAGCUUGAAACCGCUCGGAUCAUACAUCGUCGAUUUCAUCGCCCGGCUCGAUUUCUUGCAGAAAUGGUACGACGAGGGCCCACCGGCUACCUUUUGGGUGUCGGGCUUCUUCUUCACACAAGCCUUUCUCACCGGGGCCCAGCAGAACUACGCCCGGAAGUAUGUCAUUCCGAUCGAUUUGCUCGUGUUUGACAAUGAGGUGCAGCGGAGCACGGAAUUCAACCAACCACCCGAUGACGGUGUGUACGUGUAUGGUCUGUUCCUGGAGGGUACUCGCUGGGACGGAGAAGCGGGGUAUCUAGCGGAGUCCAUCCCUCGAGUACUGUUUGAUACGAUGCCGCACAUUCUGCUUAAGCCCAUGAAAAAAGAGGAUUUUGUGAUGAGACAUACGUUCAACUGUCCGGUGUACAAAACCGCCGAACGCCGUGGAACCCUCUCAACGACGGGUCACAGUACGAACUUUGUGAUUUCUUUGCUGCUCGAUUGUGCACCGGAAACACGUCCCGAGCACUGGGUAAUGCGAGGUGCUGCAAUGUUGUGUCAGCUAAGCCAUUGA